AAUGCAUCAAAUUGUACCUGGGAAAGAAGCUAAAAUUGGCUUUUAAAUUCGUCACUUCACGAAUUGAAUAUACAUAUACUUCUUUAAGAAUCUUACUUUACUUGGAAAAGAUAGCAAUUUUAUUGAAGCCAUUCUCUUUCUCAUCCAUUUGAGCUUCUGGGACUGUGAAUACCUCUUUAAGCUUAUAUCUUUUGGUUCAUGAAGCUUUUGAAGUACAAGAUACAGUAAUCACAGGGUUAGAGUUUGCUGUCCAAUCGUUUACAAUGUCUAUGUUAACAAAGUUACGCUGCAUCACGCUUGAUGUUACCGGUACACUCAUUGCUUACAAAGGAGAGCUGGGUGACUAUUAUUGCAUGGCAGCCAAAGCUGCUGGGAAGCAAUGUCCUGACUAUAAGCGGGUUCAUGAAGGUUUUAAGCUCGCAUAUACAGAAAUGGCACAGAAGCACCCAUGUUUUGGAUUUGCUGAAAAGAUUCCUAACAUUGUGUGGUGGAAAACUUGUGUCAGGGAUUCCUUUGUUAGGGCAGGAUAUGAAUAUGAUGAGGAGACAUUUGAGAAGAUAUUUAGACGCAUAUAUGCUACUUUUGGUUCUUCUGCGCCUUAUAGCAUAUUUCCUGAUUCUAAACCGUUUCUCAGAUGGCUUCGCGAGAGGGGCAUUACGGUUGGGCUGGUCAGCAAUGCCGAGUAUCGGUAUCAGGACGUAAUUCUUCCUGCUUUAGGUUUGCAUCAGGGAUCUGAGUGGGACUUUGGCGUAUUCUCGGGUCUUGAAGGUGUUGAAAAACCAGAUCCAAGAUUAUUUGAGAUUGCCUUGAAGAGAGCAGGAAAUGUAGCACCGGAAGAAGUACUUCAUAUUGGAGAUAGCAUGAGGAAAGACUACUUGCCCGCACGAAGUGUUGGGAUGCAUGCUUUAUUGUUGGACAGAUUCAAAACAGCUGAUGCUGUCAAUUGGAGAAAAUCUGGUGCCACUGUGCUGCCUGACUUGACCGCUACCAAAGACUGGCUUACUUCUGAGGAAUUGAAAUGCAGUGACAUGUGAACUUUGUUUGAUUACUUUCUUGCCUUUAAAGGUGAUUUGUAUUACAAGAAUGGGAAAAUGAGUUGAGUUCUAUGAAUAUUUGGUUCAGUUUGUCGCAUGCUGUCUUAUAUCAUCUUGUCUUCUUUUCUUUUCUUGUGGCAAGUAUUCCUACUCCUAUGAAUGGGAAAAUGAGUUAUGAGUUC